UACAGAAGAAAUACUUUCUCCCGAAAGUUUUGCUCAAAACAAACACGAGAAGACUUUAAUAAAAAGCUACUCAGUUUAAAGUGAAAGAGGCGCCUUGCAAUGAAGUUGGAGGUUUUCUCUGCGAGUCGCCUUGUGGACAAGACUCUGAACCUGUGCAAUGACAUGGAUGUGAACGUGGCUUCACCGCUGUCCACGGAGGAGGAAUUGGGCUCGGAUGGAGACUGUUCAGCCAACAGCCCAGGACCAAGUGCCCCCGUUUCGGACGGGAAGGCGAAACCAUACACGCGUAGACCCAAACCACCAUACUCCUACAUCGCGCUCAUUGCUAUGGCGAUACGCGAUUCCAACACCGGCCGCCUUACACUUGCUGAAAUAAACGAGUACUUAAUGAAAAAAUUCCCGUUUUUUCGGGGCAGCUACACGGGGUGGCGAAACUCUGUACGGCAUAACCUGUCAUUAAACGACUGCUUUUUAAAAGUGCUGCGAGAUCCCUCGCGUCCGUGGGGGAAAGACAAUUAUUGGAUGUUGAACCCACACAGUGAAUACACAUUCGCAGAUGGUGUUUUCCGCCGGAGGAGGAAGCGCAUCAGUAAGAAGAACUUGAGCAACUCGGUAUCUCAAGAGCGCGCGCCAGCGGAUGACAGCCGGCUCCCAGCGCGCGACGAAAGCUCCAAGUUUUCCAGCUCGUUCGCCAUAGACAGCAUCCUCAGUAAACCGUUUAUGCGGAGGGAGCAAUGCACAGAGGACACGUGUUUUGGUACCAGGCUAAUGUUGUCAGCAGCUCCACACUUUCUGCCAGUCGUUAUGGGCUAUCCGCCGUCCACGGUGGCUCAUGCGCCUCAGAGCGUAUUCCAGGUCAGUUCUGAGGUGUCGAAUGCCUUUCCAAUCUACAGGUGUAAUACGGUGGACAUUACUAACAUCAGUCGAAUGCCGGACAUAUCGAAUCCCCUUCCGGGUUUGGCACAUUCUCACACUACUACUGUCCAAGAGACUGGAUAUCACCCCUUCAGAAUAGACUCUCUGCUGUCAUGAAAUGACAAGUGAACAUGGCAAUUUACAGACAUUCGCACGCUUAAACGCAAUUUCUUUGGUGUUUGACACACCGGUUAUAUGUGCACUUUUCUCUGUUAUGGUGUGAAACGGUUUGUGUUUUGGGCCUAUGUGUUUUUUUAUCGUGACUUUUAAGCCCAGCAUGCACAAAGAAUGCAUUACUCCAACGCUGCAUGUUUGCUGUUUAAAUGUCUUUAAUGCCGCGCCAGUGCACAGUGUUUACUGAUUCCAUUUUCAUUUCUUGUAAACGAUGGCAUAACCAUGUCAAUAAUUAUAGACAGAAUGUGUAUUUAAAUGUAGUUUGCUUCUUUGUAAAACUGUGUUGGGUGUCUGUGUAAAUGUGAUGGUUUGUUCAGAGCUGUGCUCAGUCAGUUGGACAACAUAUGCAGUUGUACUUCGUUUCGUCAAUAAAAGAAAAUAUGAGAGAAAUUA